GAUAGCUCCGUGCUGGGGGCGGGGCCGGCCGGGGCGCCAGUAGAAGAUGGCGGACGGGGCGGGUAGCAACGGGGACGCCGCGGCCUUGCCGGUGGGGAAGGAGGCAGUGGAUCGUAUGAUCAGAGAGAACAGCCACAUUUUCACAGACGCUCAGUGUAAAGUGUGCAGCGCAGUGCUCAUCUCAGAGUCCCAGAAGCUUGCUCAUUACCAGAGCAAAAAGCACGCAAACAAAGUGCGGCGGUACAUGUCGAUUCACGGCGAGGAGGAGUUCAGUCAGGGGAAGAAGAUAAAGCUGGAGACCAAGCAGGAGAGCAGCAGUGGAGAAGACCGGAACAAAUGCUGCCCCAUCUGUAACAUGACCUUUUCCUCUCCCGUUGUGGCCAUGUCUCACUACUUAGGCAAGACUCAUGCCAAGAACCUGAAGCUGAAGCAGCAGUCCCCCAAAAUGGAAGUAACGAUGCCUCCACAGAAAUCCCCGGCUGACCUCCCUCCCUCUGCUGUAUCUUCCAACGAGGAGAACCAGAACACUUCUGACCCUGACAAGUUCUGCAGCCUGUGCCAUGCCACUUUCAACAAUCCGCUCAUGGCAAAACAGCAUUAUGUAGGGAAGAAACACAGAAAGCAAGAGACCAAACUCAAGCUGAUGGCACACUAUGGUCGUACCUCUGACACACCUGCAUCCUCCUCCAUGGCUGGGAAGGGGUACCCCUGCAACACUUGUAAUGUAGUACUGAAUUCCAUAGAGCAGUACCAAGCUCACAUCAGCGGCUUCAAACACAAGAAUCAGAUGCCAGGAGCAGUGCCCACCGUAGGACGGUUCCCAAGGCAGCAGUAUGUUCGGGAAGAGUCAACUGCCCCUGGGGGCUACAGUUACUUCAGCCAGGACUUCUAGAGCAAUCUGCAGCCCUUUUCUUGGAGCUGUCAGAGGCCCAAGAACAAGCAUUCUUUGCCAGCCCACAGUGGCUUCAUUAUCCCUCUGGAUAAGCAAAGCCGUUCCCUCCUAGGUGCGCCUGUAGAUCAGCCCUAGGGCUGGAUGUCUCUCUUUGAUGAAGGAUCCAGCAGAAGCAGACAUUAGCCAGCAGGACCUCGCUCCCCAAGAACGGUUCUCAUUGUGCAGUUUCUUCCUGUGUGGCUGGUGGGGUGAGGAUGUGUCUGGUACAGGCAGGGUCCAGCCACUGCAAACGGUCUGUCUCAAGGCCACCUCCUCCCUCACCUAGAACAAACAGCCUGGAAUUCCUGCAUCUGAUGAGCCAACACCCUGUGCCAGGGGUAUCUGUCACCGAAGGAAGGCUCCUGGCUCUCAUAGGGCAAUGGCUAGGAGGUGAGGUGUGGAUUGGACGCUUCGCUACACCAACAAAUUAGCCUUGCCCAGGCUUAGACUGGGAAAUCCUAGCGCUGUGUUUCUUCCUGCCCCCUCCCCCAGUUGGGUUUGUGCACAAAGUUUCUUGGUCCACUGACUGCCAUUAGGGCUUUUCUGUAGCUCUGCACGUGUUGGUUCUGGAGCAUCUGUUAGGGUGGUCUCUUUACAUAGUUACUGUGUAUGGCAUACAAAACCUGCUGCUAAAACAGGGAGCAGACAGGGCCCUCAGAAGUAGAGAAUACAAGCUGCUGGGUCUCCAGAGAACUCUCAGGACCCCAUAGGCCUCCACUUAUGGCGCUUUUCACUUGAAAGGAAGGAAACUUUCAAACCCUCCUUGCAAAGGUUUCUUUUUACGUCAAACAUUCGUGUCAGUCUGUUAGAGGAAAUGGUUGAAUCAGGUGUCCUUCAUGCAAAACCUAAAGAUGUUAGCAAAUCUUGAUGUGGUGCUAGCAAGGCUGAGCUCCUUGGGAGAAUGCUCCCAGACUCGUUAGAGGAGACCCCCGAAGGAAAGGCUAAGGUGGCUUUGAAUCUCAGAUCACAUUUGUGUGGUAUUUUUUUUCCCUUCAGUUGAGGUAUUUUCCUUUUAGUCUCUACUAAGCUUCUGCACAGAGCUGCACUCUUCCAGCUGGCCUGUCCAUGGGUUCUUUCUGACAGGCUGACACCCCUUCCCUGUACCAGGCCUUGGCAAGCCCCCAUUUGGCUGUCCUCCCUAUCUCGUCCCUCAUGAGGCUUGUCUUGGGUCCUGGGGUUUCCCACACCUUGUGCAGGUCUGUUGUGCUGCUUUUAUCCCCCAGGAGUGACAUCCAUCCCUCGAAAGGGGGAGACGUGCCCACUCUGCGACACAUGUGGACAGUGAUCUCCUGGGGCCGAUAGGAGGGAGUGUUACAGCUGUGGAUGCUGCAUGUCUGCCAAGGCUGGGGGGAGUGGUGGUUGGGCAUUACCGCUUUGUGGCUGGGAUUCCGAAUCAAGGCCAUUGACUUUCUCCCUGAGCUCUGUGUGAAGCAGCUAACGUUGGAGUAAGACUGGGAGCUGGCCUGGGCUCCAAGGCGUAACCAAGAUGACAGGCACGGGGGAAGUGAACACACAAAGCAAGGGAACCAAGUUGGACGCUAAUCUCUGAGCUAACAUCUCUAUGGAGUGAACUCCUUCCCCUCCACAGUCCAGGCUGCAGCUCUCCUCUACAGACUGUCCUGCAUUAUCACACUAGAAGAGGCUGCUGCUGGUCUGCCUAGUGCUUUCCAGUCUUGCCAUACUGCAAGACCCAUAGGCUGACUCUGCCCUGCUGAAGAGCCCUUCCCAACAUCAGACUGACUAAUGAGCAGUAAAUUCUAACAAACUGAAGGGAACACCAUGUGCAUUAUGCACACUCCCAUACUGUGCUGCUUUCUAGCUAGCUAGAGUCUCAGUGUGCCGGUCUCCAGAGUUCCUGGUGGCAGGCGCUGUAUGUUAACACCAGGAGCUCUCCACUUCCAGCAUCACAGGAGCAGUGUGCAGGUCUGCUCCACUGCCGGGGCUGCCUCCUCUGCUACCCAGUGUCCGUGUACCUGCUGUUCCCCUAGGAUAAGGUCUCUGAAUAGAGGGUUACUGUGCGUGUGUA